UGCAGACAAUUGUCAGGUGGACAGGGGGUCUAUUUUAGCGAGCCAUUCACAUGAGACUUUGAAUACAUAAAUCCUUCUCUAAUAAUCAUGAAGUGCUUUUUCUUUGCCUGACUGAGUCCUGUCGCUGUCCUCUCUGAUUCUCAACUUCAAGGAACCCUAAACUGCAGACAUGUCUGAUGGACCGAGAAAACAAAAAUAUUCAGCAACACGCCGACUGCAUUUGAAGUCCAAACUGCUGAAGAAAGCGGCGUCCAUGCUGGUAACCGAGAUUAAAGAGAGGAAACUUGAGAAGGAAAGAGUCGUGAGCGCAUGCUUCCCUGCACUAACGCUGUCCGGUCUGUCAGCCGAGGAGCUCAAGGAUCUUUGCAGAGAACUAAAUAGUAAGAUUGAUGUCGUAGACGAAGCCCGUUAUGAUAUAGAGGUCAAGGUAGACAAAAAUCUGAUAGAGCUCCAGACAUUGAAUCAGAAGAUCAACGGGCUGAAAGGGGCAAAGAGGCCCAACUUGAAGAGGGUGAAGAAAACUACCGAUGAUAUGCUGGGCGCAUGCGGAGACACCUCCAAGCUCAUGAAGGCUGAUUUCAAGGUCAACCUCAAGACAGUGAAGAAGGAGGAAGAAAAGAAGGAGGAAGUGAACGACUGGCGUAAGAAUGUGGAGGCCAUGUCCGGCAUGGAGGGCAGGAAGAAGAAGUUCAAUGCAGGACAAUAGAAAGAAUCCUUGUCUGGAUGUCUCAAAGGAGAAGUUUCCAUUUCAAGAUGAAAUAACGUCAUUUUUAAAGAGUGAUUUCAACUAUAGGGACUCAUGAAUUAGAUUAUUAGAAUAAAUGGAUUCAAUUAUUAAAUACGAGCAGAAUUUAGAUACUACAGUAUCAAAAUAGAUUUACCUUGAUUUAAUGUAUGUAAAAAACACCAGAGUACUCCAUGGAUAAAUAUCAUAUAUGUAUCGUAACCUGUUGUAUACAUUUGCAUAUUGAAAUUGUGUAAAGAAUUGGCUGAUUAUCUUGAUGAGUUUGUCUUUUAAAGUGCACUAUUUGUAUCAUGCAGAUGUCUGUAAUACCGCUGAGUCGGAUUAAACAAAAGCAACAAUUUCCCUGCUUAGUUCCCAAUAAAAAACAGCAAUAAUCGUGUUA